AUGGAUCCACAAUCAGGAUAUAAGAGAGCUAAGGCCAUUCUAAAACAGCUCUUUGGACAGUCGCAUGUAAUAGCGCGAGAAACCUUAGAGGACUUAUUUAGAACCGGGAAUGCGGAUUUUAAUGAUCCUGAAUUAUUGAAGAAUUUGGCUAUUAAAAUGCAGAAUGCUGCUUUAACCUUAGAACAGCUCAAUUGCACAACGGAACUUAACUCUAUGGCUACUUUAGAACGAAUAGUAAGGCUCUUACCUCGUCGAAUGCAAGCCCAGUGGGCAGAGCUAGUAUUCAAGUGGGACGAAGAGGAGAGAGAGCCCAAUUUUAACGAAUUGACGGAAUUUAUUAUGUCUCGUGCUAAGAUAGCUAGUAGUAGGUUUGGAAGAUUAGCUUAUCAGGCUAAAACAGGAAAUAAUACGGAAGCUACUAGUGGUCUGCGUGCGAGACAUUCGGAUUUUUCGUUUCUACCUAAAGCACGCUCGGAAGAUGAGAGAUUUGUCAAUUAUAUCACGAAAGCAUACGCUGAUGAAGGACGAGUAUGUGACCGUAACGAUGUAAAACCUCUUGAUGCGUGUCCUAGUAAGAAGCCGGUUGGUGUAACAGAUAAGAUGGCUUUUCUAAGUAUAGAAAAGAAAGAAAAAGGUGAAAAGUGUAGGCAUCAAGAUGGAUCCGAAGUGUGUGAUGAUAAAAGCCUCUUAGCUGCUCGAAAAGCCUGGAAUGGUUAUUUGGAUUCGAGUAAACAGAGGUUAAUGAGUUCAGCAAAUAUGAUUAAGGCCCAGGCAGGAUUGACUGAACGGAAUAAAGCUUAUUUUCGGAACCCUUCAGUUAGGGUAAAUUAUAUAAUUGGACCUAGAGUAGAUUCUAGGAUAAGUGAUGGUGGUACAGUAACGGCUAAGAAGCCUAGGAGACAUGAUGCUACUAUUACUAAGAAGCCUGAACCUCAUGCUCUUUCGGAUGCUACGACUAGCCAUGGAAAUAGUAGCCGUCAGAACCUUAGUAGUGACAGCGAUAAUCAGGAGACAGAAAGUGUCAGCAGUCCACUUAUAUUGACUAGUCUAUCAACUUCAUCGAAUGAGCCUCCUAGUGUUUCGACGUAA